AUGGUCUUCUCCGAGCAGAGGCAUGGGGAGGCACAGAGGCUCAGUCUGGCCCUCGCCAAAGAGCGGGAGCAAGCUACAGCCACCCACAGACGCCUGCUGCAGAAGCCUGCACAGCCACCCCUUGUUGACAUCGUGGACAUCUGUGAGUGCAUCCUGGGGAGGCAGCGGCAUGAGAGCGAGCGGUCCACGUGCAGCUUCCUGGAGCAGACAGACAUCGAAGCGGUUGAGGCGCUUGUUUGCAUGAGCUCGUGGGGGCAAAGAUCCCAGAAGGGGGAUCUGCUGAAGAUAAGACCCCUCACACCUGUCUCUGACUCUGGGGACGCCCCUGCCUCUGUGCAUGUGGACACAGCUGCCUCAGAACUACCAAAGGACUUCCACUCUUUAUCGACUCUGUGCAUGACUCCUCCACAGAGCCCCGAUCUCCUGGAGCCAUCAACGGGGAUACCUGUUCCCUCCCAAGCAGCGCAUUCCAAAGCACGUGUGGUCCCGGCCACUGCCCCCAGUGCUGCUGUGGCUGUCACAGAGCGUGGACCGCCUGGCACCAUGCUUGGGACGCUGGAGCCGGCCCCCAACCAUCCCUGCAGGGCCGUGGUCGCAAGUGUGAUCCGCCACACUGGGGAGAGUCCUGCUCCUGCCCACAGCCCUUGGGCCCAGACUCAGGAUCAGAGAUUUUGCCACAGCAGAGAAGAAGCGCACCGGGAGCCUCUGCCAGAUGCAUGCCUCGCCACUGGCACCAGCGCGGUAGCCUGUCAGCCUGGCCGGCACAACCCUGGUGGCCUGAUCACCUCCGACCAAGGUCAGCAGGCAGGGUGGCCUGCUGCAGUUCAAAACUGCUCACCAAAGAGUUGUGAAAAUGACUUGUCAAAGAAAGCCAGCCCUCUGGUUUCUGUCCCUGCCCCCAACCUCCCCUUCCUUUGCCAAAUGCUCCCCGUGACUGGACAGAGCAGUGUGAUGCCAGCUUUUCUGAAGUCUCCCCCCACAGUGUCUGCAGGGACUGUCCAGCCCAUCUUACCCCACACUGCUUCGGUGGCCCAGCCUGUGUUCAUGGGACCGUCGGUGCCUCAGGGAACUGUGAUGCUGGUCCUCCCCCAGGGCGCCCUCCCCCCGCCUGCCACCUGCCCGUCCAGCGUGAUGGCUGUCGGGAGCACCAGGUUACUGCCCCUCGCUCCUGCUCCAGUUUUCAUCGCGUCCGGCCCAAACUGCGUCCCUCAGCUGGACUUCUCCCGACGGAGGAACUACGUCUGCACCUUCCCUGGCUGCCGGAAAACCUACUUCAAAAGUUCCCACCUCAAGGCUCACCUUCGCACCCACACAGGGGAGAAGCCCUUCAGUUGCAGCUGGGAUGGCUGCGAUAAGAAGUUUGCUCGGUCAGACGAACUUUCUCGCCACCGGAGAACUCACACCGGGGAGAAGAAGUUUGUGUGCCCAGUGUGUGAGCGGCGUUUCAUGCGCAGCGACCACCUGACGAAGCACGCCCGGCGCCACAUGACUGCCAAGAAGAUCCCUGGCUGGCAGGCAGAGGUCGGCAAACUGAACAGACUAGCUGCCGCCACAGACGAGCCUGGGAGCCCUCUGGGGGCCUUGCCGGACUCGGCUGAGCAGCCAGCCAGCGAGUGAGCCACAGGACACGCACAAAUCUUUCAUUCAGGAAUGGAAGUGACACAAAAGAUAACUGAUCAUUUCUCCUCCAGAAAGAAAUUGUUUUUGGAGAGUUAGUGGGCAGCGGGGAGCUGGUUCUAAAGAAAUUAUGUCGGCUUUUCUUUUUCGGUUGGGACCCUGUUGGCUAUCUUUUGUAGUUUCAGGAUUUUUUGUUCUUGUCGUUAAAGGCAAUUUGAUAAGCGGAUCACCAGCAUUCAAACAAAUAUUUCGGCAAUAAUGUUUACAACUUCUGGAUUUUUGCAGCCUUUCUAUUCGUGUUUUGUAGAAAUGAGACAGGGUACUGAUUUUUAUACUGUUUUCUAUAAAAAUAUUUAUAUUGCUGGUGCUCAACCCACCAGUUUUUAUGUAGAUGAUUUUGCAACCAGCUUUUCAGUGUUUAAUAAUGAAAUUUUAUAUCAUCAUUACUUUUAAUAAACCUGACACAUUAUCCAGCCAAGAGGAGAUCACAGCUAUCCAAUCAGGCCUUUUAGAUCCAAGAGCUUUUUAGAAUCAGAGCUGGUUGAAAAGGGGUCUCGGAGAGAAAGGGAGAAGAAGCAGGGUUCGCAGCAUUUUCUAGAGAAAUUCCCAGCGGCCACCCCUUCUAAGCCUGCAGUCCAAGAAUCAGACAUUUGGGCUCACCAGGAAUACUUAACCUGUGCCCACGUGUGGUAUGUGAAAGGUGUGCCCAGGGUGCCGGGGAGCAGGGAACUGCCAGCAGGAGGGACUGACUUGAGUCUCUGCAGGCUGUUGCUCUGUGGGAAUCAGACCAGUUACAGGUUCCUGUUUGUCAGAAUCCCCAAAAGGUCACAUUAGGCACCCACCCCAGCCAGGACUGUAAAUUGUACGUUGACUUAUGUUGAUGCGGCCUUAUCCAUGAGUGUAUUGUGGGGAGAAUAACUUCUUCAGAGUAAAAGGAAAAUUAACUUGGCACCAAAGCACAGCUUGUCUGACAUGAAUGAAGUCCAUGUGCCGCUGUCCAGCUCUUGUGUGGUCAGCCCUUGACGAAGUCUUAGAAACCAUUGGAAACGCUCAUCGGGCCAAGUAGCAGGGAUCCGACCCAGCUGUCCUUGCGUGUGUUUUGUUUGGAGGAAAACGAUGAUCAUGCACAGUCCGUGGGAACAGAGUAGACGUGAGGAGAGUGCUUUUGCAGUCUGCCUGGAGAACAGACAUCGCUCUACGCCGUGUGAGUGCGUGUCCCAGGCAGACAAGCGCUUGGCCCUUUGUCCGGCAAGAACAACGGGCAACGGAACCAAUACAAGGAACACGCUGCUUGGUUAGCCUGGUCAUAGUUUCUACUGUGCAGUAGGCCUGCAGAUUUUGGCUUUACGUUUUAUGUAUUGGCAUUUACCCAUUAUAAAACGAUGGUAAGGUGAAAUAUUGGAUGAUUAAAUGCUUUUUUGUGUUCAGGUCUCCGUAAUCUUUGAUCAGGCAUCCCUCACCUGCUUAUACAUUGUGCGUUGGACUGGACACCCAUUAUGUUGCCCUUAAUUAGCAACUGCCGUUUGGCGUAUGUGUACGUAAGUGCUGCUUGUACUGGCAAGAUUUCAUGGUUUGGGGAUACCUUCCUAGUUGAGUAUUGUUGCUUGUCAGAAGACCUGUGAGUUGCAAGAGAACCAUAAGUAAGUGUAUAUAUAUAUCGUGGUUUUCCCCAGCACCCAUCUCUUCAAUCAGCAUAAACAGUUUUGACUGUGUGUGCCACCAUCGGCAUCUCAUUUGCAUUUUUAAACAAUUAGGACGUGCAGAAUCAUGUCAGUCCUGCCUGAUACCCGGUCAUGGAGUAUUCGAGUCUCACAAAGAUUUUCCUUCUCUGAGGAAUGUUCUUCUACAGAAUAAAUGUCUCGAAAAUAGAUGUUUUGAUUCACGCUUCCAUUCCCUGACUUUAUUUGGAAAUACCUUCUGUUGAUGACUCCCGUCUUUCAGUGUGCCGGCUGCGAGGCUGAGGGUUGGGGAAACGCUUUCCCUGGGAAUCACUGGCCCUGAGGAGCGGAGCCCCUGGGCGGCAGUUCCCGAGGUGCCUCUUGCAGCGGCCACUUCCCCAGUGCACUUUAUUACCUGAGCAAUUUUGCUUUAUCUUUUUUUGACCUUGAGCCUUUCAAGUAGUUUCGGUAAUGGAAAUUGAAAUGUUUCAUCAUUACGUUGUAUGUAACAGACUCCGACUGUAUUUAAACGCCUAUUUGUAUUGUAACUUUGCUCCUAUGGAUUGUAUAAACCUCUGGUUUGCUAACUGGA